CAAAACUCGUCGCCAGAACUGCAAGCACCGUCAUCGCGCAAAUUUGCAAGCGCAACCCUAGCCACCAUAGCCACCCUACCCGCCGCCCAUCCUACCCAGCUCCCCUUUCCCUCCCUCCCCAUCUCCCCAACUCCAUUUCUGGCUGACGUUUCACUUGGCUGAUUGAAACACUCAUUCGUUGGCUUCUUCACCAGCAUUUUUUGUAACAAACCUUGCCUAGUAUAGCUGACAGUUCCUGUCUAUUACAGACAAGUAAGCCACGCCCACAUCCGUCUGCCAUAAUUUCGCCUAUCGCCUCGCUUACUCAUAUCGUCGCAUGCAAGCGUACCCGGUCGUCGCACACAGACGUGUCGUCGCUCACCUCUCGCCUGUCCCCGAAUUGUCGCCCAGUUGUCGCCAAGUUGUCGCGUGUCGCCGAGUCGUCGCGUGUCGCAUGGCGAUGGUGGACUAUCUGGUGAUGGGCUUCGGCCUCGCCGCGUGCAGCGGUUCGCUGUGCGGCGGCGUGCUGAUCGCCUUCGACUCGCACGCGCCUGAAAAACUCAAGGCGGAAGAAGCGGACCCCAUCCGCAAGGGCGAGUCGCUGAUGGACCCGCCGUGCCUGCACCGCAUAUCGCGUCCGUCCGGCGGCGCCACGCGGCCGUCGCUCACUGGCUCCCGCCCGGCAAGCGCGCCGGUGCGAACCGACGGAUCCGAGGCGGAACCGACGGCGCGGAUGCCGCCCGCGAAUCACGGCGACGAGCGGAGGGAAAUGCGCCACUUGGCAUCUGGCGCCCGCCAUCCUUCCCCCGCGAGAUCGCGAUCCGACGGGGCUUCUGCCGCCCAGCUCGUAGAUUUCCCUGACGCAGCGCCUCCGCGUGACACGGCGCGAGAUGCGGAGCGGCGCAGAAGCUUAGACGGGCACGAGGGGGCCGUUCUGAUGCGCGACAGUGACUAUAACGGGUGUGAUCCUCACGGGAAUCGGUUCCAGUCGCGCGAGUUGUCGCACGAGGGGGGUAGUCUUGGGGGUUACCCUGCGCACGGGGGUAUGCUUGCACGGCCGCACUCUCAGCCUAACAUGUACCCACGGAGGCAGGAGCAGUACGGUUCAGAGCGGUACGGUUCAGAGGCAAAUCAACACCGUUACUAUCAGCAUCACCACCAGCAACAGCAACAGCAGCAGCAGCAGCAGCAGCAGCAGCUGUACUAUGAGCAGCAGUGCUACCAGCAGCAGUGCUACCAGCAUCAGCAGUACCUGCACCAGCAUCAGCAGGAGCAACUUCAGGAGCAAUCGCAGCAUCACCACCUCUUGCCCACCAACGGUUAUCCGCACUCACUCCCCCCCCAGAAGCCCGCGCAAACCCGCUCACACACCCCGCCCUUCCCCCCCUCAUACCACCCCUCCCAUGCGCCAGACUUCCCCCCCCCUAUCCCUCCGCGUUGCCCCCCCGCCUAUCCUCCGUCCGCGUUCCCCAUCCGGUCCGGGGGCGCGCCUAUCUGUCCCCCCGCGCAGAGGCAGCAGGGGGGCGCGGGGGCGCGCGGAGGGGCGGAGCGCGCGGGGCAGGGGGAGCAAGCGCCGCACAGGCAGUUGGAGCAGGGGCUGAGAUCGCUACCCAGACUCAAGGUGUGAAGGGCUCGCCCUUGCAGCGGCAGCCAGGGAGGGGAGCAUCCCUGCUCGGUUGGUGGGGCAGGGGGAGCAAACGCCGCCCCAGCAGCUGGAGCAAGGGAGCUGAGAUCGCGCCCCAUACUUUAAAGUGUGAGGGGGAAGAUGGGCACAGGCGAGGUUUGAGGGGAGCGGGGGGGGGGGGGGGGGGAGGGGGGGGGGUAGGCGACGUGGUUCUAAUCUUUCCGUUGGUCUCAGGGGAGCACGUGGCCCACAGGCAGCUGAGGAGAAGGGGCUGAGAUCGCUGCCCAGACUCAAGGUGUGAGGGGAGGGUGAGGUGAGGAGUGGGAGAAGUGGAGAAAGUGACAGGUGAAACUAGGUCUGACUUUUUAGGCUCCUCAUGAUGCUGCCAGCCAUGCGAGAGGAGGCGGAUGGUUUAAUGGGGAGGAUGAGAUGAGGAGAUGAGGACUAUGGGAAGGGUGAUGUUGAGAAUGUGGCUUUUGGAGGGGUUGUAUGACUCAAGGCUUGAACUUGAAGGGUGCUAGACUUGCAUUCUAUGGGCAUGAGGGAGGAUGGAGGGGGGUGUAUGUUUUAGUACACGCUCUUUUGCAAAUUGAAAUGUAGGGAAAUCGUGUUUAGGAAUGCCAUGGCUUUCAUGGAGGAGCUUUCUUUGAAUAGUUUUGACUUCAUAUCGAGUCAAGUUUGAUACAAUUGUUACAGCAUUGAUUCUAGAACAGU